AGAAUUGAAGAAUUGUAAACGUUACUACUACAUACAUAGUUCAUACUUCAAUUUAUAAGAAGUUUAGAACAUAAAGUUUGCAAUGCUUCGACUGAGAAGUUGUAGCGCAUAUCGUAUUGGUUCUUCUUAUAUAUGCGCUUCAUGUUAUGCCGCCUCACACCCGGCAAGAUUAUCUGCGCUCCGCCAUGCCUCAAUCUCCAGUCAUCAUGUCCGAUCUCUGUCAAGCACAUCCCGCCGAGCUACACCAGCGACCGAAUCAACGACCGAGCCAACUGUCGAACCAACCCUCAACCCGACGAUACCCCCCACAGAUGAAUCCAAUAAUAUAGACUCUCCCACUCAAAAAACAUCCAAGAAGAAAAAGAAAAAGAAGAAGGUAGAAGCGAAAAAUUCCCCUCCCGCCGCCAAACCUGGACAUGAACGACAAUUAAAGGUUCUGGAAGGCGCACUUGAAGCAUUGAAAAAUGUUCUUGCAGCCCAGAACAUCAGUGUCGAUCAAAUAAGCAAACCAAGCACUAAGGACGACCAUGAAGAUACAACCAAGGCUAAGACUAAGCCCCAAGAAAAGGAAAGGGAGAAGGCGAAAGCUAAGCCUAAGCCUAAGGCGAAAACCGCAAAAGCCGAGCCUCCAAAGUCUCAAAAAUCUAAAGAUUCCCUAAAGAAGGAGAGCGUGGAGAAGGUCUCGGAGUCUACCGAUACUAAACCUAGGGCUCGGCCUGGUAGAGUUGCGAAGAGAAGACAAGCGCAACUUGCAAAGUCGAAACAAUCAACCUCGAAGAAGCAGUCAGCUACGGGAGGUUCAACCGAACAAAAAGCUACAUUGUCCGUUAAGGAGUUUUUAUCCAAAAAUUACGGCUCCAUUCAAGAUCUUAGAGAAUCAGUACAAGCUUUUGCCGACGGCCGCGGUAUCAACGAUAUCAAUUAUGGCAAUUUCGUACACCCGCCGCCUAAACCAUUACCAGAACAAAAGCCACCGUCAACACAAACUCAAACAGAACCAACGCAACCAAAUGAUACCCCCAUAACCAUCAACAAAUUAGAUUCCAAAGGGAUGCUGUUGAGUCCUAUUCAAAUUACCCAGCCUCAGGUAUCUUCGUUGUCGUAUGGCUUGGAAAGGGUUUUAUUUAAUCCUGGAGUGUAUUUCCUUCAAGAUCCCCGGUCACGCGUUUAUAAUUUCGACCCAUAUCUCUCAGAAAUUAUGCCAAUCCAGGAAUUCGACUUCAACGCCCUAAAACAGUAUGUGACCUCUUCGAAAGAUUCCACCUUAAUUGGCAUUGCGAAAGAGCACGGAAAAAAAUACACAGGGUCAACAUCGAGUAUGACAUCCAUGCUUUCCCAUUUCCACUACCUUUUAUCAUCGUGGAGAAAUAUCAACACAACUAUGUUAUCAAGGACGUUUAUUCCCGACUCGCUUCAAUUUACACGGAUUAUGCGAGGUCCAGCCGCGGUAUUCUUGCAUUGGAAGGAUGGUACCUAUGCCAUUGAUGCCGACAAGGAAUAUGACACGGCCAAUAUAUUGAGCAUGCUUGGGAAAUCCAUGGAAAAGCUUCUUACACUUUCUAAGGAGGAGUAUGAGAGAUAUCGACAUACCAAUUCUGACCAGAUCACCGAAGAAGAACGGAAUGCCGAAGAAGCCUUUCACUAUACCGGUUUCAAGGACUUCAUGAUGCGCUCUCAACUGGAUGCCCACGAUGAUAGAGUGCCUGGAACUGGCAUGUUUGACCUCAAGACACGCGCAGUUGUAUCUAUCCGAAUGGAUGCCAAAGGAUUUCACAAAGGCCUCGGCUAUGAGAUUCGUAAUCGGUUCGGCCAAUGGGAGUCGUUCGAAAGGGAAUACUACGACAUGAUCCGUUCCGCUUUCUUGAAAUACUCUCUCCAAGUCCGCAUGGGCCGAAUGGAUGGGAUAUUCGUUGCAUUCCAUAACACUCAACGCAUAUUUGGGUUUCAAUAUAUCCCUCUGGAGGAGAUGGACCUUGCAUUGCAUGGGACUUCUAACCUGACCCUUGGCGACCGCGAGUUCAAGCUUAGCCUUUCGCUACUCAAUGAUAUCCUAAACCGGGUAUCCGCGAAAUUCCCCGAGCGGUCUCUACGACUACAUUUUGAGACAAGGACAUCAAUAAACACGCCAUUUAUGUAUAUUUUUGCCAAGCCAGUAACUCCAGAAGAUAUUUCAGAGGUCCAAGAUGCUAGCAAGGCUUCCGUUGAGGCCUUUGAAAGGGACAUCCUUGGCAUGGCGGGGGAAGAGGCUAAAGCCGCGUUGGAAUCUACCAAAGAGAACAAUGAAGUAGUUGACGAGGAAGAUGAAGAUGAAGAACUCCCUUCGACUCAAGAAAUAUCAAGCCUGACUGUUUGGAGGGAUGUGCGCCAGAUGGUUGAGGACGCGGUUGGUGAUGACGAGGUUGGCGUCGGCGCCGUCCGGGAAGCCAUUGAAGACGCGCUAGAGCAAAGCGGGCUGCUACAUGCUAAGUCCUCUACCGAAGCACGAGGAUAUGUUGAUGCUUUGCUUGUUGCUAUCACUAGCAAUAACCCUUCUAUACCAACAGAAUCAUCACCAAGUUUGCACAAACAAGAAGCUGUCAUCGCCAAUGAUAGUCCAUUAGUAUCAACCCAGGGAAUUACGAAACAAGAAUUGGAAUCUCCCGGCGAAAGGCAGUCGGCUGUUGACGAUGGCUCCCACCCCGAUCAACCCCAAAUCCGCGAAGAAAUUGAAGGAGAUCAAAGCACUAGCGCUCGGGAUACAGAAAACCAGCCGGAAGAAGGAGACCAAAUUUCUGGUGACCAUCUAGAUGUACAAUCAGGAUCCGUAGUUCGACAAGGCGGAGAGCUUCCAGUAAAUAUAGACUACCCAGACAACCAAAUAGGAGAACCUGAAGGGUCAGGGAAUGGCGCUGUAUCGCAACGACCAUUUGAUACAGGGGUGGGGACAGAAGAAGAGGAAGACGAAGAGGAGGAAGACGACGACGAAUCUGAUGAAGUGGAUGAUGAAAUAGAAAUCAGAAAGGGACUGAGUAACACUUCAAACAUGUCGCCUCUGAAGGAGCUUAUUGUGAGGAUGACUCAAACAAUCAACGCUGGAACUAUCUCAGAUGAAGUUGAAGACUCUCUAGACGAUGCGUCCAAACUUAAGGAAUUCGAGCGAAUACUAAGCGAGCUUAUUGCCCGCUCUAGAGAUGAGCGAAACCAAAGCCAGACGAACGAUAGCAGUCUAACUGCGGAUACUGGGGCCAUACCAGAGCCCAUAGAAAAAGAGACCAUUGAGACCGACAACAAGGAAGCGACUGGUGCUCAAGAUCCUACCCCAUCGUCCCCGGAGCCGACUCCGGAAACACCAACCCUCCCCAGCGAGAAUGACGAGUCCGAACUAUUUGGCAUGGUCCUAUCUAUCAAAAACAUAGUUAACGGCAGUUACGUCACAAGGCCCGAGGAGCUGAAAAAAAGGGAUCAUUGGAAUUUGGAGUACAACAUCGAGGAGAUUGAGGGCCAGCGCGCUCAGACGAUCUACAGACAAAUCAAGAGCAGGCGCCAGAAGGUGCAUAAGGAUACGGGCGAUAAGGAGGCUGAAUGGUAUCAGAUGUUCCGCGGUCAACUCGAGAAAUACACACUGGCCGGCCGGAGAUUUAGGGAAAAAGAGUCCGAGAACGAGAGAAAGAAGAACCAGGUCAAUGUCGUCGGCCAGAAACCGCAAACGUGGAAUGAAGUAUUCGGGAGCGGACAUAAGGUAAAAAAAUCGUAAAUGACAUGGCUAAUUCCGAGAAGCAAGGGCCACUCUCCUACCGUUUCCCUGGGUUGUAUUCUACUCUUCAGGAUACCACCAGGGUGAUUGGAUCUUCUCUGGCGAUGAUUCUCUUCUCCAGAAUUACGCCUCCGAAUCGUCUUCGUAGGACUUAUGGUCGCCGAUACUCGAACUUCCGAUAUCUCACGGGUCCUAGAUGACCUAGUCGGAGGAGCCAGGACCCGACCCCUCAGCCCGUUCGAGUCCGAGCUUGAACGAUAUAUUCAGAACUUUCUCAUCUUUUGGGAAGUUUAAUCAUGUCGUCAACGAACGUUAUGUACAUUAUAAUCCAC